UCUGAAGAAAUAUCACAUUUGUUUUUAUCACAGAGGAAAAUUUUAAUGAAUUUGCUGUCUUUUUCUUAUCUUAAACUGCUGAAGGGAUUCUGGCUUUAGUUUAUGGCUGUGUAACUGUAGAAAUUUUAAAUGGGGGGGCAGGGCAGGCAGAUCGGGGGCCUGGCACUGUGUAUGAUGGGCAUUUUAGGAGUGAGUUUGACAUGUGGACUGCCGUUGUGGCGUGAGACAUCUUUCGUUGGAGCCAACAUUGUAACUGCACAAUCGGUGUGGGAUGGUCUGUGGUUGCAUUGUGUCGUCCAGGCCACAGGUCAGAUGCAGUGUAAGACACACACAACACCCAACACUUUGACUGCUGACAUCCAGGCUGGACGUGCCCUCAUAUUGAUCUCCAUCCUCGCCGGCUUCCUGGGCUUCAUCAUUAGCCUCCUGGGUGGAGGUGUGGCCAAUUGUAGUGGGACUCCACCUGACCCUGCUGAGCCUCCGUCCUCUUCUAAUGGCAGAAAGAAGGCAUGUCUGCUGGGUGGAGUUCUGUGCGUGCUGUCUGCCAUCUUGUGCCUGGUUGCAGUCAGCUGGUCAGCAGCGAGAACCAUCUCAAUCUACAAUGACCCUUUCAUUGCUGCGGCCUUAAGGAGAGAGGUAGGCUCUUCCAUCUACAUAGGCUGGGCCUCGUCUGUGCUGCUCCUGCUCGGUGGGGCUCUGAUCUGCUUCGUCUGUGGAGAGAAGGAGAGAUCACCGCCUUUGUAUCGCUCCUACAGCAACACAGAACUCAGUGACUAUUCAUCCCGCAUGUCCACACAGAGGUCUGAUGUCAUAAGAUCUAACAAUCGCUAUGCACCGAAUACGAUGGUAGAGCGUGUAGACCAAGUGUACAGUCCACUUAAUAAAGCUAACAGUGGGGCUGGACUGUAUUAUCAACCACGUUAA